CUCUCAAGACGCAGUCCUUGAGAGCAGACUGAACUGACAUAUGAUCGCAUACGUCGUAUCUCCGAGCUUAAACCCACGAUGGCUGCAUCGUCAGCAUCGCCAGUGUUGCUCCGGAGACCGAACGGCCGCCCAGUGGCCUGCGACAACUGCAGGGCUCGCAAGGUUGCCUGCGACCACCGACAGCCCGUGUGCAGGCGCUGCGAGGACAGAGGCCAGGAGGCCGAGUGCGUUUACACGUCGUCUCUGCCUCGCAAGGGGCCAUUCACCAAUAACAAGCGGGCAACCCCCCGUGAGGCCGGGCCCUCGGCUGGGUUGGCGUCGUCGUCGACGAGCCUGCGUGAGGAUGGUGCCAGGGCUGCGACAGCUCCGAGGGCGGCCGGGACGGGGCCGAUGGCUGCCGAGGAGCACAGGUCGUCACUGCGCCGUGCAGAGGCUCGGCGGCAGGCCAGCGUUGAGAUUCACGACCGCAGAGCCAGGAAAGGAUACUCUUUUGAGUCAUCAUCGUCGUCGUCACCGUUGAACCCUCCCCCACGGCGUCGCGAGGCUGGCGCUUCGACUACGACGACCCCGGGGGCCCAUCUUGCCUCGGAGAGGGCGUCGAGUCCCCUGCACCAGGCGCCGGGAUACCUAGGCUUCACGAGCUACUCGUCCGUCUUUGAGGAGACGAAAAACAGCCUGUCGAUGCUUCAGGGGUUCCACGCCUGGUUGCCGCAGCCGAUCAACGAUGGGCUACGCCAGGGGGUUGCCGACGAGCUCUCGAGAUGUCUCUGCUCGCCGACAAAGGAGAUGUGCCUCGUGGUGCUUCGGGCCAUUCCCGCGCCCAACACGUGCUACAUUGAGCUUGUCCAGGAGUCUCCCUUCUAUCGGGAUGGCUGGCAGAGGGUCAUGGCUCAGCGUGUGCUGGCCGACUUACAUGAAAGGUUUGGGUCAUAUCUGGGGCCGUGCCGGUUGGACUCGCAGCUCGAAGAGAUUGCGCUCUUUUUGAGCGACAACACGACUAGGCCUUUUCAUGAGCUAGAGCCUAAUCCUGAGAAGUGGAUUGGCCAGUUUACGGGAUCGAAUCUGCGAUGGGAGUCUCUCGGAUUCGUCUUCAGCUUCAACGACCUGGUCUUUCCAGAUCACGGCGGGCUGGACAGCAAGUCUGCCCUGAAGGAAUGGGUCGAGAUUUCGCGCGUCUGUCUUGGCCUCUGCAUGGAUCUGAGCAGAAGAUUUGCUUCAGCAAAUGGCCUUUUGGCUCAGCUCUCUCACCGGCGAGCGACGCUCGAGUCGAUGCACGCUGGAGAUGCCAGCUAUUCCACAUGGAGGUGCACAGCAGAGGCCGUCGCCCUGGUGACGUUCCUCGGGAUGCAUGCCGAAUCGAACUCGCCCUCGUACGAACCAACGCUGGCGUCCGAGUCGAGACGGCGCCUCUUCGCACAGCUGUUCGUAGGAGAAAAAGACGGCGUCUUGUUCACGGGGCGGCCGCCUCGACUGUCGCACCGAUAUGCCUUUACGCCGCUUCCCCUGGACCUGAGAGACGAGGAUCUGCUGGCGGGCGGAGAGGCUCUUGAGAGGGCUGUGGCAGGGCUGGAUGAGAACGGAUGGAACACGGGCGGGAAGAUUUACUCUGCGACGGUCACGCGGGCGAGAUGCAUCGUUGCCAUGAUACGGGAUGAGCUGGUUGAGAUUGGCAUUGGCAAGCCGAGGCAAAAGGUUGCCAGCGCUCUGCUCCGAGACCUCAAGGAGCGGCAGCUUGAGGCCGUCAAGGAGUUCCCCCCUUCUCUCGCCUACAACUCCUCUGAGAUCCUCGACCCUGAUUCCAACGUCAAUCUGAUCUUUGCGCGGCUCCUCCUGCAGCUCGAGCAGCUCCAGAACCUGUUCUUCGUCGAGAGGCUGCUUCUGAAGCACGGGGAGCUGGACGAGGGCGCUAUGCUGUUGAUUUCCUUUCAGCUCGUCUCGCUGACGCUGCUGUUUUGGACGCACAAGGAUCGGUUUGCGCCUUUUCGGAACGACUUUGAGUGGCUGGUCAUGGCCUUUGCAACCCCCAGCGGCGGCAUCCUCUGCAUGGAACUCCUCAACCCGACCCUCAAAGGAAGCCACCCCAAGGACCCGUCCAUCACCCGCUCCAACAUCAUCCAGCAGCUGAGCCUGCUCAUCGCCUUCCUCGAGUGGAUCGAUCCGUCGCGGCCAAACGGCGACAUGUGCGUGACGGCGAGCGCGGUCAUGAGGCGCGUGCUCGACCAUGUGCUCAACACGGCCAACCAGGGGCUGAGUUGGCGGGCCGAGGAGCGGGAUGAUGUGCAGCUUGAUUUCAGCUUGGAGCUGUUUGAUACGUUUGAUUGGAUGAGGUAUAUUUAGACAAAUACCAUGAACGCGU